GAUUUUGCAGAUCUGAGAAUAAUUACCUGUGACCUUUGUACGUGAAAUACUAGGGAUUAUAUCUUUAUCCUUGAAAUUUAAAAACAUUUGCCAGGACAUGUUUUGGUGUUGAUGAUCUCUGUUGAACCUUCUCAGUCUCCAGUCUCAGGAUAAAUGAGGAGCUGAUUCUUAAUCCUGUCACAUUGAAUGGACAGCAAAUUAUGGAUGAACCUAUGGGAGAGGAGGAGAUUAAUCCACAAACUGAAGAAGGCAGUAUCAAAGAAAUUGCAAUCACACACCAUGUAAAGGAAGGACAUGAAAAGGCAGAUCCUUCCCAGUUUGAACUUUUAAAAGUUUUAGGGCAGGGAUCAUUUGGAAAGGUUUUCUUAGUUAAAAAAAUCUCAGGCUCUGAUGCUAGACAGCUUUAUGCCAUGAAAGUAUUGAAGAAGGCCACACUGAAAGUUCGAGACCGUGUUCGGACAAAGAUGGAACGUGAUAUCUUGGUAGAAGUUAAUCAUCCUUUUAUUGUCAAGUUGCAUUAUGCUUUUCAAACUGAAGGGAAGUUGUAUCUUAUUUUGGAUUUUCUCAGGGGAGGAGAUUUGUUUACACGCUUAUCCAAAGAGGUGAUGUUCACAGAAGAAGAUGUCAAAUUCUACUUGGCUGAACUUGCACUUGCUUUAGACCAUCUACAUAGCCUGGGAAUAAUCUAUAGAGAUUUAAAACCAGAAAACAUACUUCUUGAUGAAGAAGGUCACAUCAAGUUAACAGAUUUUGGCCUAAGUAAAGAGUCUAUUGACCAUGAAAAGAAGGCAUAUUCUUUUUGUGGAACUGUAGAAUAUAUGGCUCCAGAAGUAGUUAAUCGUCGAGGUCAUACUCAGAGUGCAGACUGGUGGUCUUUUGGUGUGUUAAUGUUUGAAAUGCUCACUGGUACACUACCUUUCCAAGGAAAAGAUCGAAAAGAAACAAUGACUAUGAUUCUUAAAGCCAAACUUGGGAUGCCACAGUUUUUGAGUCCUGAAGCCCAGAGUCUUUUACGAAUGCUUUUCAAACGAAAUCCUGCAAACAGAUUAGGUGCAGGACCAGAUGGAGUUGAAGAAAUUAAAAGGCAUUCAUUUUUCUCAACAAUAGACUGGAAUAAACUGUAUAGAAGAGAAAUUCACCCACCUUUUAAACCUGCAACUGGCAGGCCUGAAGAUACAUUCUAUUUUGAUCCUGAGUUUACUGCAAAAACUCCCAAAGAUUCACCUGGCAUUCCACCUAGUGCAAAUGCACAUCAGCUUUUUCGGGGGUUUAGUUUUGUUGCUAUUACCUCAGAUGAUGAAAGCCAAGCUAUGCAGACAGUUGGUGUACAUUCAAUUGUUCAGCAGUUGCACAGGAACAGUAUUCAGUUUACUGAUGGAUAUGAAGUAAAAGAAGAUAUUGGAGUUGGCUCCUACUCUAUUUGCAAAAGAUGUAUACAUAAAGCCACAAACAUGGAGUUUGCAGUGAAGAUUAUUGACAAAAGCAAGAGAGACCCAACAGAAGAAAUUGAAAUUCUUCUUCGUUAUGGGCAGCAUCCAAACAUUAUUACUCUAAAGGAUGUAUAUGAUGAUGGAAAAUAUGUGUAUGUGGUAACAGAACUUAUGAAAGGGGGUGAAUUGCUGGAUAAAAUUCUUAGACAGAAAUUUUUUUCUGAACGAGAGGCCAGUGCUGUCCUGUUUACUAUAACCAAAACUGUUGAGUAUCUUCAUGCACAAGGGGUGGUUCACAGAGACUUGAAACCUAGCAACAUUCUUUAUGUGGAUGAAUCUGGUAAUCCGGAAUCUAUUCGGAUUUGCGAUUUUGGCUUUGCGAAACAGCUGAGAGCAGAAAAUGGUCUUCUCAUGACUCCUUGUUAUACUGCAAAUUUUGUUGCCCCAGAGGUUUUGAAACGACAAGGCUAUGAUGCUGCUUGUGAUAUAUGGAGUCUUGGUGUCCUCCUCUAUACAAUGCUUACUGGUUAUACUCCAUUUGCAAAUGGUCCUGAUGAUACGCCAGAGGAAAUAUUGGCACGAAUAGGGAGCGGAAAAUUCUCACUCAGUGGUGGUUACUGGAAUUCUGUUUCAGACACGGCAAAGGACCUUGUGUCAAAGAUGCUUCAUGUAGACCCGCAUCAGAGACUGACCGCUGCUCUUGUGCUCAGACAUCCUUGGAUCGUCCACUGGGACCAACUGCCCCAAUACCAACUAAACAGACAGGAUGCGCCACAUCUAGUAAAGGGUGCCAUGGCAGCUACAUAUUCUGCUUUAAACCGUAAUCAGUCACCAGUUUUGGAACCAGUAGGCCGCUCUACUCUUGCUCAGCGGAGAGGUAUUAAAAAAAUCACCUCAACAGCCCUGUGAAGUGACCUCAGUGAGAAAUUUGGUACCGUGGUGUAAGCUGAUAGCACAAGUUCUGGCGACAGGUAGCACAUACCUGAGAGACACCUGCAAGCACACACUGUCCCAGCUGGUACCCAUAAUGCUGCUGCUCCUGCUGCUGCUCCUGCUUUCGUCUCUUCUCGCUUUAAAUGAUUGUUAGCAAGUUAGAUUUUCAUGGAGCUUCGGUUGAAAUGAAAAUGGAAACAUGAUGAAGAUAUAUUCACUGAAUCAACGAGAAAAAUAAUGAACAUAUAAAUACCACCUAAAAAUACACUGAAUAAAGUACUCUACACCAUAUAGCAUUAUUUUUAUAGGAAAUAUUUCAUGUCCUUUAAAUAUUCUUUGUUAGUUAUAGGGAUGGACAAUUUAUGUUAAGCACUUAGCUUAAACAAUCCGUUUAUAUUAGCACUGUAUCCCUUGUGCCAUCCAACAUUUUGUAUGUUUUUGUAAACAGUUCAUAUACAGUACAUUUCCGUACUGCUUUCUUUAAUGUAUACAUGCCUUGUUUAACUUGGAACCUAUUAUUAUUAAUCAAUUGACUAUUAAAUCUGGUUAAAUAGUUCACCUGGAUUAACAGUAUUGUCAGACAGCCCUAAAAAUGGCCAGAUUGUGGAACAGCUUUUGAAUGUAAUACUUUCAAAAUGUACAUAUCUUUCCCCA